AUGGCGAAGCUGUGCUCUGUCGUGUGUGGCUCCUUGCAGUACCUGCAAUUCGCCGACGAGAACAAACAGUUCCAUGCCAAGUUCGUGGAAUGCUGCCUCGAUGCGAUGGUGCCACCGAAGCUGGUGCACGCCUUCGUUCAGAUGGCCUUGCAUAGCGAUCAGAGUACCUCCCAGACUCAGAUGGUGGACGAUGUGAGGCAACUCUUGGUGAAGAUCAUCGAGCGUUGCCCCAGUCGGCAGCGGGAUACCUGGCAGGUGCUGUGCCUGGCGCUCUUGACCGGUGACAUGGACAAGGGCCCCGAAUGGUUGAUGGACCUGUCAGAAGAAGUUCAGAAGAGCGCAGCGCAACGCAUCCUGGAAGAGCAAGAAGCGGCCAAGGCCUUUGGCACGCAGAAGAUCAAGUUCGAAGAUAGCCAGCCAGAGCGGGCCUUGGGCUCCUAUAGCGUCGAGGUCUUGGCCUUUGACCGGCGCCUGACCGUCUCUCGGGCGGAGCAGCAUGCCAACUUGAACCUCGUGGUGACGAAUAAGGCCAUUCGCGUCGUGGAUAGCAGUGUGGAGGGAUACCCUGCAGAAGAUCCGGGACAGAUCCCA